GCAAAACCCAGCGGAUUAUAAUUUUUAUACACGAUUGGACAAGUGAUUUUUGAAUCGAUUUGAAUUUGCGAGAAGGGAGCGGUUCACACGCAAUGUUGCUGAUGGGGAUUUAUUUAGCCUUGACACUUAUUGAUGGACUGUGGAAUGUGGAGGGGGCCCACAAUGAUUGCUUACAGGCCAGUGAGACCUGCAUCAAUGACCCCAAGUGCAGCUCCAAGUACAGGACAUUCCGCCAAUGCAUGGCUGGCAGCAAUGCUGCUCCACUCGGUCCCGGGGCCAAGAACCAGUGCAUGAGCGUAGUGGUGUCGCUCCUCUCCAGCCCUCUGCACAACUGCAAGUGUAAGCGAGGCAUGAAGAAGGAGAAGAACUGCCUGGGGAUCUACUGGAGUCUCCAUCAGAGCAUGACACAAGGAGAGGAGACAGACGACAGCUCCCCCUACGAGCCCAGCAAGAGAGGGUAUGACUAUGCCAGGCUGGCCUCCAUAACAGCAGGGUCUGAUGUCGGUGUCACACGGGCCAACCGUUGCCUGGACGCAGCCAAAGCCUGCAACGUGGAUGAGUCGUGCCAAAGGCUGCGGACGGAGUACGUCUCCUCCUGCAUCAAGCGCUCCAGCAAGACGGAGACCUGCAACCACCUCAAGUGCCACAAAGUCCUCCGCAAGUUCUUCGACCGCGUCCCCGUCGAGUUCACGCACGAGCUGCUCUUCUGCCCCUGCGAGGACACGGCGUGCGCCGAGCGCAGAAGGCAAACCAUCGUCCCCUCCUGCUCCUACUAUGUCAAGGAGAAGCAGAACUGCUUGUCGCUGCUGGACUCGUGCAAAGUCAAUGUUGUUUGCAGAUCAAGGCUAGCAGAGUUCCAAACACGCUGUCAGCCUUCGACACAGUCUGUGAGUGGUUGUCUCAGGGAGAACUAUGCUGCAUGUCUGCUCUCGUACACUGGGAUUAUAGGUACUGUGAUUACCCCGAACUACAUUGACAAUUCAAGCUCGAAUGUGGCACCCUGGUGCACCUGCAGUGGGAGCGGAAACCAGAGGGAAGACUGUGAGAGCUUCCUCAAGCUCUUCACAGAUAACAUCUGCCUCAAGAAUGCAUUUCAAGCGUUUGGAAAUGGGACAGAUCUUAACACAGGCUCCAGUGUUCAUCACUCCACGUCGCAGACCUGGGUGAACAAACACAUAAACAGCACAGAACCUUCACACCAGGAGGAAAAUGUGUUUAGUCCAGCACUACCCACACAGCCGGCUGACGAGCGGUUGCUGUGGAAGGAGCCGAGCCCCAGCCGGGCGGCCUCCGAGGCCCUGGGCCUGGCCUCCGCCUUGCGCUGCGACUCCCGGCUGCUGUGGAGCCUGCUGCCGGCCGCGCUGCUCUUCCAGCUGACGAUGUGACGGCGGUAGGAGGGGAGGAGGGCCCAGGCCGCGGCACACACCACCACCCCCCACCCCACCCCACCCCUCACCACCUUCCCCCUCCCUCCCGGAACCCGCACCAUCACCGCCCGCUCCAACACUCACCCCACUCCGGGGCCAGCAGAACAUUUCACACGAAAGGUGGGGGGGGGGGGGGGGUGAGCACGACAGGUUUGUGCAGCGCCGUCCACACAACAACAACAACAAAAUAAACAACGCAGGGACACCGCGUCUCAACCGGAGGAGCAAAUCAGCCGCGCCUC